UACGAUCAGCCCGCGCACCGCCGGAUGCUGCGCCCGUCUUGCCUCCUCGUUCCCUCGAUUUAAUUUUUCUAUUGUAUUUUGUUUUUGUUUCUAAAAAAAAAAAAAAGAAAAAGAAAAAAAAAGAAAAAGAAACCAAAAAAAUUAAAUUAUUCAUCUUUUGGCCCAUCCGAGAGUGUUGCAAGGGUCGUUGGUUGGGUCACUGUGCUCUACGACAAUGAUGGAGCCGAGGGACUGAGCGGCCUGUGCAUCCCUGCAGACGAUUCAGGCACCGAAUAGGACGGAGGAUACCCUCCCUCCGGGUGGCGGAGCUCGACACAAUGAUCGGAAAAUCGGCCCGGAUCGGCGUGCUGCUGUAUUUUUUGACAGUGAUUUUUUAUGCCACCCAUGCUCAAGAUUACGACAGGCACGUCACGAGAGGGCGAGGCUCUCAGGCGAAGCGAAUCCACCCGUGCGAGCGGGGUUCCUGCUACCCGGCCACCGGCAACCUACUGAUCGGACGUAAGAAGCAAUUGCACGCGUCCUCGACCUGCGGCCUCAAUGGACCCGAGCGAUACUGCAUCGUCUCCCACCUCAAGGAGCGCAAGAAGUGCUUCUUCUGCGACGCCUCCCACUAUAGGCAACAACACAACAUCGAGAACGUGGUUGGAGGACGCCGGGAACGAACCUGGUGGCAGUCCGAGAACGGGGUGGAAAACGUCACCAUCACCUUCGAUCUCGAGGCCGAGUUCCACUUCACCCACAUCAUCAUCCACUUCCAGACCUUUCGGCCCGCUGCCAUGCUGAUCGAGCGCUCGUACGAUUUUGGGCGCACCUGGCAGGUUUAUCGUUACUUUGCCCACGACUGUGCGAGCUCGUUUCCUGGAAUACCCACGCACCAGCCCCGCAAACUUACCGACGUCAUUUGCGACUCGCGGUACUCCAACGUCGAGCCCUCGUCCAACGGUGAAAUCAUAUUCAGAGUCUUGCCAAACAACGUGCCGAUCGACAAUCCGUACUCGAAGGAGGUCCAGAACCUGUUGAAGAUGACGAACAUGCGCAUCAAUUUCACGCGCUUGCACACCCUCGGCGACGAUUUGCUGGACAACCGGCCAGAAAUCCGGGAAAAGUACUACUACGCGAUCAGGGACAUGGUAGUCCGUGGUUCCUGUUCGUGCUACGGCCACGCCUCGCGCUGCCUUCCCCUAGAGGGCGUAGCCCACGAGGAUGAGAUGGUUCACGGGCGCUGCGAGUGCACCCAUAACACCAAGGGCCGGAAUUGCGAGAAAUGCGAGGACUUUUACAACGACUUGCCGUGGAAGCCGGCGGUGGGCAAACAGACCAACGCUUGUCGCAGGUGUAAUUGUAACAAUCACGCGACCAGCUGUCACUUUGACGAGGCUGUUUACGAGAGGAGUGGACGAGUUUCCGGUGGAGUUUGUGACGACUGCCAGCACAGCACGAGAGGACAGAACUGCGAGCUCUGCAAGCCUUUCUUCUACCACGAUCCCUCCAAAGACAUCACCGAUCCCGAAGCUUGUCAACCAUGCGAUUGCGAUCCCAUGGGAUCACUGGACGAUGGAAUUUGCGACUCCCGUACCGAUCAACUCAGCGGGGAUGAGUCGGGACGUUGUCAUUGUAAAACCAACGUGGAAGGACGGCGUUGCGACCGAUGCAAAAACGGAUUCUGGAACUUUACCGAAGACAACCCCGAAGGAUGUCAAGCUUGCACGUGUAAUACCUUGGGUACAAUUGACAACCAGGGUUGCAACAUGGUGACCGGCGAGUGUACCUGCAAGCGCUACGUGGUUGGGCGUGAUUGUAACGAAUGCUUGCCCGAGUACUGGGGAUUGUCGGAGGAGCACGAAGGUUGCAAGCCUUGUGACUGCGAUCUUGGUGGUUCCUACAAUAACAGCUGCGACGUUUACACUGGCCAGUGUUAUUGUCGACCACACGUUAGUGGCCGCACUUGCAACCAACCAGACCAGAGUUAUUACACGGGACCCAUCGACUAUCUUACCUACGAGGGCGAAUACGCAAAAGGCACGGAUAACUGCCAAAUAGUGAUACGUGAACCAUACCGUGACGGUCGCAACAGUACGUGGACGGGCAUAGGUUUCAUGCAGGUGAUCGAAGGUUCAGUCCUCAAUUUCACAAUUGACAAUGUUCUACGAUCCAUGUAUUAUGACAUAAUUGUGCGCUACGAACCCAAAUAUGGAGGCACUUGGGAAGACGCACAGAUAAUCGUUGAACGCGACGGACCUCCGAAUCCGGAAGGGCCUUGUGCUGACUGGCGACCCGAGUACGAUCAUCUUUCAGUGCAACUGCCCACAAAUCAACGAAGCUCCAUGGCAACUCCAUCGAUAUGUCUCGAGGCAGGUAAAAUCUACACCGUGUUGUUGGAGCUGAGAAAGUUUGCUGGACCAACCGAUUCAACGACCGGCUCAAUACUGAUUGAUUCCAUCGUGCUAAGUCCAAGGUUGGACUCUAUUCCCUUUUUCACCGGACCACCGGGUGAGAUUCGCCGUCAAGAAUACGAAAGAUUCAGAUGUCAAGACUAUUUCAACAAUAUGUACGAUUACUACACCAUUUACGAGAACCGAAGUGAUAUAAGAGAUACAUGCACCACCUACCAAAAUAGCAUCGGACUUUACGUUUUCGAUGGAGCACAUUCCUGUGAGUGUAAUCCCACCGGUUCACACAGUUUGCUCUGCCCAAAAUACGGAGGAUCGUGUUCGUGUAAACCCAACGUGAUAGGUCGCAAAUGUGAUCGUUGCGGUCCUGGUACGUAUGGUUUUGGACCAGAGGGUUGCAUUCCUUGCGAUUGCGACAGUGUCGGCGCUUUGGACAACUUCUGUGAUGUGGACACCGGAAGGUGCAAAUGCAGGCCCAACACUUACGGAAGAACUUGCGGCCAGUGCGAGCCAGGUUUCUGGAACUUUCCACACUGUCGUAGAUGUGAGUGCAACGGUCAUGCCGACACUUGUGACUCCAACACCGGAGUGUGCAUCGACUGUAGAGACUCGACCACCGGGCACAAUUGUGAUCGCUGUGUCGAAGCUUUUUACGGUGACCCCAGAAUCGGAGUCGACAUCCCUUGCAGACCUUGUCCUUGUCCAGGAACACUGGAAAGCGGUCAUUCUUAUGCUGAUAGCUGCUCCCUCGACCCGUUCACUCACGACGUUAUUUGUGAGUGCUACCAGGGUUACGCCGGCACACGUUGCGACACUUGUGCGGAUAAUUUCUUUGGAAAUCCAGAAACACCGGGAGGCAAGUGCCAAGCUUGCGAUUGCAACAAUAACACGGAUCUGAAUCGUCCAGGAAACUGUGAUCCCCAAACUGGCCAAUGUCUUCAAUGUCUUUACGACACCGACGGUUUCAACUGUCAGGUUUGCAAAGCCGAUUACUACGGCGACGCCUUGCAGCAAAAUUGCCAGCCAUGUCAAUGCAACAUCCUUGGUACCGAUGCCAGGGUUGGACCUUGUGACCAUCGCACUGGUAAAUGCCCUUGUUUGCCCCACGUCAUCGGACAAGUUUGUGACACUUGCGAAGAGAAUCACUGGCGAAUUGCCAGUGGCGAAGGAUGUGAUCCUUGCGAAUGUGACGUGGUCGGCAGUAUUCACGACAAAUGCAAUCCAUUCGAUGGUACGUGUGAUUGUAAGCCCGGCUUUGGAGGCCGUCAGUGUAACGAGUGCCAGGCCAAUUACUGGGGUAAUCCAAACAAGGAGUGCUACCCAUGCGAGUGCGACGAAAUCGGUUCGGCGAGCCAACAGUGUGAUCGUGAAACGGGUGUUUGCAUCUGUCAUCAAGGUAUCGGCGGUGAUAAAUGUGACCAGUGCGACCGUAGCUACAUCGGUACAGCACCAAGUUGUUCACCAUGUGGCGAGUGUUUCGAUAAUUGGGACGCGAUCCUCAAUGGUUUGAAGAAUAAGACGUUAUUUGUCAUCGACGAAGCAUCCAACAUCCAAAAAGUUGGUACCACUGGUAUCUACAGCGAAGAGUUUGACAACAUCGAAAAUUCCAUUGCUCAGAUAAACGCCGUCAUCGAAAAUUCGUCGGUAAAGAGCCAAGAUCUCGAGGAUUUAAACCACUUGGCCAACGAAUUAGACAAGGACAUCGACGCAAGCACGGCCGUUUUGCAGGAUUUGGACGGCCAAUUGGAGAACGUGACCCAGAGAGUGACCCUAGCCGACGCCGCGCUGAAGAGAUUCAAGAACCGAACGGACAAGUUGCACCAAGACGCGAGCGACUUACGCGAGAGCGCAAACCGUUUGCAGGAAGCUAACGUUCAGGGUGCCCUGAACGUUACCCAACAGAUGGCCGAUCAAUCGCGACUGGCUGAGAAAAUGGCCGCGGAAACGAACAGCAUCUUGCAAGAUGCCGAGCGUUACAAGAAGAAUACGGAAAAUCUGCUGGUGAAAAGCAGCGCCAGUGUCGCCGAGAAUAAACAAAAGACCAAAGAAUCGCUCGAGAGACUGGAUGACAAACUGGAAACCCUCAAAGGCCACAUUCCAGCAUUGAAUCAGGACAUGUGCGGCAGAAACGUGUCGGACUGCAGUGACGUUUGCGGUGGCGCUGGUUGCGGUUUCUGCGGUGGAUUGUCCUGCGACUCUGGCGCCUUGACCAAGGCCAGCCAGGCGCUGGACGUAGCCAAGCAGCAAUCUACCAAAAUCAAGAACCACAAGGACGAAGCUGAAUCCUUGCUGCGUAACAUGAUCCGUCUGAAAGAAACGUCCUCGGGAGCUCUAGUCAACGCCCAAGAAGCUUUCGAUCUGGCCUCGAGCGCGCGUAACCAGUCGGACAAACUGAUCAAAGACUUGUCGGACGUGAACAAAAAAAUCGUGGACUUGUUGAAGGCCGAGCAACCAACGCCGGCCGAAGUGAGAGACCUGGCCAAGGAGGUGUUGUCAAAGAAUAUCACCCUCACGCCCGAGGAGAUCAAAGGCCUGGCCGACCAAAUCGCGGAAAUCGUGGGCUCGCUCAGUGACCCGGAACGCAUCCUCCAUGAGACGUCGGGCGACCUUCAGUUGGCUAGGGAGCUCAGGGAACGAGCCAACUACACCAAGACCAUGGCCCAAGAUAAGGAAGCCCUGGCCGGCAAGGUAAUCAAUUUGCUGCAAGAGACUCAAGCGUCCCAAGAUUCGGCUCAGGAGGCCAUCGGAAAAGCUGAAACGGACAUUGAAAUGUCCCAGCACGAUCUGGACGAGAUCUCGCAGAUCACCAAGGCAGCGAAACAAAAGGCCGACGACACGUCAAAUUCCGUCAACGAUCUUGAGGAAAGGCUGAUGCAUCUGCAGACGGAGUCGGUGAAAAACGACUUCGUGGUGAAGCAGGAGAUCCAGCAGCAGGCGAGCAACAUAAGCGAGGAGGCGAAGAAGGUGCAGGCCAACGCGGACAGGCUGAGCCAGGAGUACCGGCAAGUCGGCGAUUCCCUGAGCCAACGGGUCAACAAGAGCAAGGACGACAUAACGAGGGCCAAGGGUUUGCUUCAACGGGCGUCCGAACUGACGGUCGACACGCAGAGCAAACUCAAGGACCUGGAUGGCAUGGAGAGCGUUUACAAGGACAACGACAGGUUGCUGCGCGACCUCAUGGACGAGGUGGACAGUCUCAACGACGAGAUGGAUAGACAGCUGGAGGAGUUCAACUCGAAAGCUCAGGUGUACAGGCAGUGCUCGUAAACUGGCAAACGAACGAAUCGAGAGCAGAAGGGGGAAAGGCACUUUAGAGAUUAGUAGGAAUUUGGUGGAUACGGCUAGGGUCUGAUUGAGUUUUUCGAUACACGCAAUAUAGCUUUCGAGAUUUACUGUCAUAAUAUACCUUUGAACAUCAAAAAGUUAGGUUGGUGUUGUGACGAUAAAUCUCGAACACAAUUGCGUGUAUCAAAGCAUCAUCGGACCCCUGAUUCAUCGAAUCUGUUUUGUUGUCUCGUAAUGGUGCAUUUCGAGGAAUAAUCAUCCAAGAGUACGUUCCAACCCGGUACAUGCUUACGCGACUUAAUAAAUCUUACGUACUUUUUUGUUUGGUACUUAGCUGUAAUAUAGCUUGGUGUUGUUUGCUUGGUAGCUCAGGUGCAAAAUUUUCACUUCCAUUUAAACAAAUACACUUAUGAAUCCGUUGUUUGGUGUUGAUUUACAAUACGAAGUUACUUGUCACAUGAUACUUUUUGUAGAUAAAUUCCUUUUUUUUUUUUUUUUUUUUU